UGAUUGCCGUAGCAAAUGCGCUGCUCGCACUUGCUUCGAAAAAUUGUCGAGUUUCUUCGAUUUUUUGUGACAUACGGGAGUGACUGCACCGGCUGAUCGCGCGCAUGUCUGACGUUUGUUCUGUUUAGUAUCCCGAUUUGUAGUUUAGUUUGUUUAUCGGUGAAAUGUGCGGCAUAUUUUGUUAUGUUUGUCGUGCAAAGAAUUAUCAAGUGUCAGGUACAACAGACUCCAGGAGUGAGGAGAUUUUCACGUAUGUUCAGUGGGAAAAAUGCAAGGAUGCAACAAACGCCAGAGGACCAGACGGAGUGACUGAUAUUACUCAGCAAUUGACCAAAGAAUGGAAUGGCCAUUUUGCUGCGAGCGUGUUAUGGAUGCAAGGCAGUCGCCUCGUACUACAACCAUGUGUAGAUGUCAAUGGGAACAUACUGCUGUGGAAUGGGGAUAUUUUCAAUGGGAAUUUGGCGAGUGACAAGGAUUGCGACACUUUGACAGUGCUCAGGAAUUUCAAUUCAUCCCAGAACGUAAUCGCUACUCUCUUGAAGAUCCAGGGGCCGUACAGUUUUAUAUAUUUUGAUAAUCUCAACAAUCGUUUAUAUUUUGGGAGGGAUCCGUUCGGCAGACACAGUUUACUGAUUAAGCUAAGUGAUGAUAAAGACUCGCUGACUUUGUGUUCUGUCGGAAAUAAAAAUAUGACAAACGUUGUAGAGGUGCCAGCAAUUGGAAUAUUUAUCUGCGACUUAAACAGUGAAGAGCUCAAUUUAGCUUGUUAUCCAUGGAAGGAGCCAAAUUUGAGAUUCACAGAUAUUAUUGAGGAACUCGAAGCCAAUUUGAAUAUGGAUAUCGAUGUGAGAGAAACAAUUGUCCAACCAGAAAUUAAUUUAAGCUUACAUCUGGACCCAGAAAUCAAAGACCUUGAAUACUUGAAUAAUAUUGAUUGCAAUCAAAGUUUCAACGCGAUAAUGCAACAAUUAUUAGACAAUGAUAAAGUACACCGUAGAGUGGAGAACAUUUUGAGGCUAUUAAAAAACUCUGUCGAAGUGAGAGUAAAAAAAAAGCCCAACUACUGCAGGAAUUGUGUGAGGUUGCAUCUGAGUGGUGAACAAGUGAAUUGCAAGCAUGCUAAAAUUGGUAUACUAUUUUCCGGUGGAUUAGAUUCGGCUCUUUUAGCUGUUCUCGCUGAUCAAUUUGUGCCGGAAAAUGAAGAAAUUGAUUUACUGAAUGUGGCGUUCGAAAAAAUUGUAAAUCCAAAUCUCAACGGUACAAAGGAAAUUGAACCGGUGAACUACGAUGUACCCGAUAGAAAAACAGGAAGACAAACCUACGCAGAGUUGGAAAGGAUUUGUCCAAAUAGGAAGUGGAAUUUUAUCGAGGUGAAUGUAACCCAACUAGAGCUUCGGAAAUAUCGUUCUUCUCACAUUUGUAAUCUAGUUUAUCCACGGCGGACGAUAUUGGACGACAGUUUAGGAUGUGCGGUUUGGUUUGCCAGCAAAGCCAAAGGUAUUUUAACCCCAACUGGGCAUCCUUAUGAAUCUUCGUCCAGAAUACUUCUUCUUGGUAUGGGAGCCGAUGAAUUAUUCGGAGGUUAUAUGAGGCACAGAACAACGUUGAAACACAAAGGCUGGGGCACGUUGACGCAAGAAUUAAAGGUUGAGUUAGAGAGAAUCUCGGAACGAAAUCUGGGACGAGAUGAUAGAAUUGUAUCCGAUCAUGGGAGACAGUCGAGGCUGCCUUAUUUGGAUGAAAAUUUAGUCACAUACGUUCAAAGCCUCAAACCAUGGGAACGAUGUUAUCCAACGGAUCAAAUGCCCGUUGGAUUGGGUGACAAGCUCCUACUGCGACUAGUCGCUCGUCGAUUAGGACUUCAAAGUACUGCCAACUUUCCAAAACGAGCCUUUCAGUUUGGUUCUCGAAUUGCCAAUAGUAAAGAAAACGCCAAAGAUAUAUCCGAGAGAUUGUGAAAUGUAGUUCAAUAUUGUCUCUGAUUUUAAUCCAUGAAUAUAUACACCAUAUUAUCAUGAUAUUUUCUCAUUAGAUGUGCAUCAUAUCAACGACUAUUUUCGCUAUUUUUAUUAUCAUGUACUCCGUUUUAAUGUGAGGUGACAUUAUUGAUCAUAAGCUUACGUUGUCUGAUAUUUAUAAAACGUUUCUCUUUGAAACUCGCUUGCUGACAAGAAUAUUGGACGUUUGUUUGUGUCAAGAGUACCAACAUAAAUAAGAAAAUCAUUUACAGAGAAUCAAAGACGUUGUUUUUCCCGACUUAUUACUAAAAUGUCUUCGUAAUCAAUAGCUUGAGAUAACAAAGGUCGCAUACAGAUAAAUAAAUAUAGUUAGCUGUCAGGCUGAGUAAUUCAGACGGCAAAGGCACGUUGCAGUAGUUGCAGGAGUAUCAAAUCUCGUACAUAAAAGCUCGUUCAGCUUGUUCAAAUAUUGAAAAAUGACAAUGACAACUUUGUCAAACGAUGCUGCAACCGCGAGCAGGCCUAACGUAUUCUUGAGGUCCGCACCGCGAGGCACAGGAGAUGAAUUUAAUACACUAUUCACUGCAGAAGCCAUUGAGUUUUUGGUGGAUCUGGUCACCCAUUUCGACCGCAAAGUUGAUCAGCUGUAUUACGCAAGGUCCAUCAGAAAAUACGAGCUCAAACAAAACCCUAAGAUUCCAAAAUUUUUUAAAUCGUACGUCACCAAGAGCAAAUGGGAAAUUGCUCCGGUCGG